AUGGAUGCAUGUGGACAGCUGACCGCCCGCGGUGGUCCAGCCCGAGCUGCACGGCUCGCUCGCCUCGCGCCAGCACCUCCUCAUGCUUCGGCCUUGCUUUGCCUCGAGCGAGGACCAACGCCUGCCUCACCCGAUGACCUGCGACUAUGCCUACGUUUGACUACCGAUGCUCCACCUUUACACGAGCUGCUUCUAUGGUUCGACGAACACACAUUGGCACAUCUUAAUAUGCCAUUCCUGACUUUACGCAACAUCACUGGAAAGAAAAACUACGCGUGUCACAAUUGUGAUGCAGAAUUUGAACAGCCAAAUCCUUUGAAGAUUCACAUGUUCCUCUCGUGUCGACCGUUCGAGCCUGACGCAUUUUGGAAGCAUUGCAUUUCACAGCUACGUUCUUCAGUUUCGACGACUACGACAAUUUCCACAUUAGGUCCGUCACUAGUAUCUCCACUAUCGUCGACCCUGCGCAUCGGAUCAGUGCCGCCGCCUACGACACCGAUUGCAGAUCCUGCGCAGCUCGAAGCUCUGGCGGCGGCUUGGGGACGCUCACGCGAUGGUCAUAUUUGCGUCUACUGCGGCAAACUGUACUCGCGAAAAUACGGGCUCAAAAUCCACAUCCGCACGCACACUGGCUACAAGCCACUACGUUGUCGACACUGCUUGCGCGCUUUCGGAGACCCCAGCAACCUCAACAAGCAUGUACGCUUGCACGCCGCAACGGAAACGGGUAGGACAGGGGACGGGGGUGCUUUAACGCACGCGUGCGCGCUUUGCCAUAAGCCGCUGGCACGCCGGCGCGACUUAUUGCGGCACCUGCGCGCGCACCACCCGCAACAACUUUCUUCACUACCUGAUACCGACGAAACCGCAUACACAGAGAUGCGCUAA